AUGGGUUUUCUUGGGGUUCCCCCAGCGGUGGGUGCAGCGCCUCCCCACGUCCCCCCAGGGUGUCCGAAAGUGUGCGCCCACAGCCAAGUGUUAUGCCCAAUCGGUCCAGGCGCAGCGCCAGCCCUCCCCCACCACCAGUUCGCAGGUGUGGGCUUCACAGUCUUAGACGGGCCUCCGAGAUAUGAAUUCAAGCCACGGUGUCCAAGUCUGCAGGCAACGGUGUGCGGUUCUCCGCAGGGAGGCUGUAAGCUGCUCCAUUCCGUGGAUCUCUUCAACCUUGUCCAUCCAGUGUUGGAAGGUGGCUACUUGAGAGGUCUGCCACCUAAGUGGAAUGAGCAGUUUGGCCGCAUUUAG